AUGGAGAAGACGAUCUCUUCUCAUGCAGUCGAACACAACGAAGGGCUAGACAGACACGAUACCCGGGACGAGAAAGGAGAUCCCAACACCAUGCUCGACCAAAAUGGCUCCUGGGAGGCCACUUUGGGCCAAGCUCAGGCAGCUAAUGCACAUGAGCAUGCCCUCACUGUUCGCCAGGCCCUCAAGUCUUACCCUUGGGCUGUUUUCUGGUCUCUUAUUGUUUCAUUGUCAAUCAUUAUGGAGGGCUACGAUACUAUCUUGAUCGGGUCACUAUAUGCAUAUCCCACCUACGCUCGUCGAUUCGGCGAAUAUCAGGAUGAAACUGAGACCUAUCAAAUCCCGGCUCGGUGGCAGAGUGCCAUGGGCAGCGGUCCCCAAGCCGGUGCUAUCAUUGGUGCCCUCCUGAACGGUUUCAUAAUUCAACGCUUUGGGUAUCGCCCUGCAUUCCUUCUUGGUGUUGUGCUGAUGACCGCUUUUAUCUUCGUGUCAUUUUUCGGCAUGUCUAUUGAGCUUCAGGCAGUGGGACAGAUUCUCUGCGGUCUACCUUGGGGCAUCUUCGCCACGAUUGGCCCUGCUUAUGCUUCCGAACUUUGUCCCCUUCCUCUUCGAAUAUACCUCACCGCUUACACCAACAUGUGCUUCGCAACCGGCCAGCUCAUCGGUGCUGGAGUUCUCAAGAGUUUUAUCGAGUGGAACGAUGAUUGGGCAUGGCGAGUUCCUUUUGCCCUACAAUGGCUCUGGAUCCCGUUUCUAUUUGCCGCAUGUGUCUUGAUGCCAGAGUCUCCUUGGUUUCUAGUUCGCAAGGGUCGAUACGACGAGGCUGAGAAGAGCAUACUCCGCCUGAUGGCAGCUCACGAGAAGCCGCAAGCAAAGCCCCUAGUCGCGCUGAUGAUCCACACAAACGAGACGGAAAAACGCAUUGCGGAAGGGACUUCUUACUGGGACUGCUUCAAGCCGGCUGAUAUACGUCGUACCGAGAUUGCUUGUGUGUCGUUCCUUGGUCAGAUCACCUGCGGUGCCCAAUUCGCCUAUUCUGCUACGUACUUCUUCCAGCAAGCAGGAUUGGACUCGGAAACCUCCUAUAACUUGAAUCUGGGCGGCACGGGAAUGGCCUUCUGUGGCACUAUUGUGUCCUGGUUCUUGAUGAGACACAUCGGCCGUCGAAACCUGUAUCUUGCAGGUAUGACUACUAUGAGCGUGUGGCUCCUCAUCAUCGGCGCAUUAGCCACCAACACUCACAACCCGGCCGUCAAGUGGGUUCAAUCGAUCCUUUGCUUGAUCUGGCUGCUUACCUUCUCUCUCACUGUUGGGCCAAUUGGAUGGGCAAUCCCUGCAGAAGUCUCAUCUACCCGUUUACGGUCCAAGACCGUGGUCUUGGCUAGAACUUCAUACUACCUGGCACAGAUUGUUGCCAAUGUCAUCCAGCCGUACAUGAUGAAUCCAUCUGCGUGGAAUUGGAAAGGUAAAACUGGAUUCUUCUGGUUCGCCUUUGCGUUUCUUAGUGUAGUUUGGGCCUUUUUCCGCCUGCCUGAAACAAGGGGUCGCAGCUAUGAGGAUCUUGACUUGAUGUUCGAGGCCAAACUUCCUACGAGGAAGUUCAAGACCUAUCACGUCGAUGCCUAUGAUAACAACCAGGAAGCAAGAAUGCAGAAGGUUUGA